AUUCACGGGUUCACUCCAAAAAAUCCUCGAGCAGUGAAGCCACCAGAUCACUACAUAGAGUUCAUGCGCUUGAAUGGAUGGUUGGAUGUGAACUUAAAUGAUCCAGAUCUAGCCCAUUUGUUGAAGUAGACAAGCUUCUAAAAGAUGGAGGUAGGACUGAUCUUUCCUGGCCUCAGUUAUGAGAUUAUAUAAGUUGACCAUGACCAUAUUCGAUAUUUUGAAUGAUGAGAACAUAUGGCCUUUAUAUAAAUAUCCAGAGCAAUAUAGGAUGCUACUGAUGUUGAUUAAUAUAUCUCUUGAUAUAAACAUAUAGAUGCACAAAUUUGAUUUUAUUAUCCUUUUAAUAUUUGUUGGAGAAUAUUUAAGUACUGUAGUUAUUUUAAAUUUAGAAA